CAACUCAGGUUUCUCAUGUGGCCCCUUGUAAAAAUUAAUUGCCCACCCCUGCUCCAGGACCUGGAGGAGGAGCUGGAGCUGGAUCGGAGGCGUGUGUCCGAGGCCGAGGGCGUGGCUAAGCGGGCGGAGGAGGAGCUUGCGGUCGCCAAGGAGAGGCUGCUGCUGCAGGAAGACGAGCUGCAGAGCAGAGCAGAGGAGCUGCUGAACCGCGGAGGCUGCGAGGUGUGUGUGUGUACUGAAGUGGAGGAGCUGAGGAGCCAGGUGAGCCGCCUGCAGAGCAGGAACAGAGAGCUGGAUCUGCAGAGCAGCGGCAGAAACAACGACCACGCCCGCCAGAUACGCCAGCAUGCUGAGGCUCUGUCCAGCCUGCGCUCUGAGAUGGUGAGAGCCCAGACGGAGGAGCUACGUCGCAUCCAAAAACACGCCGACGACGAGCGAGACAAGCUGCAGAAGGAGAUCGAGAAAGAGAGAGAAAACUCCCAGAAGGAAAGAGAGCAAGAGAAGGAGAAGAUGGAGAAGGACAGAAACAGAGUGCGCAGGGAGAGAGAGGAGGAGAAGGUGGAAGUGGAAGGGAUCAAAGAACACCUGAGGAGAGAAAAGGAGGAAGAGGUGGAGCGGCAGAGGAAGGAGCUGGAGGUGGAGAGGGUUCGCGUUCGCUCGCAGUUGGACAAGAACAUCGAGCAGGUCGAGGCGGAGAGAGCCAAUGUGCAGCAGAAGCUGGAAGAGGAGAAGAAAAGGUUGGUGGAGAAGGCCGAUGAGGACAGGAAACGACUGAAGGAGCAGGUGCGGAAGGCGAUAGAGGAGGUGAUGAGGAGGCACGCGGCCGAACUGCACAGCGUCCAAGAAGCUCUGAGCUCAGAGAGGAAGACCAACCAAGAGGUGUGUGCGCGUUUGGAUGAAGAGAGGAGGAACGGCGAGGAGCGACGCAGCAAGCUGGAGCGGGAACGAGAGGAGCUGAGGACUAAAAUGAAAGAUGCCACCAAUGAGAUCUGUAGGCUGCAGUCAACGAUGCAACAGCAGGACAAGACGGAGCAGGUGGCCCCCGAAGCGGCAGCCACGUGUGGACCGCAGUGCUCUCGUCUGGAGGAUGAGCUUCACCAGACUCGGAGUCGACUGGCUCGGAUGCAGGAGGAGGCGGAGAGGCAGCGAGACAGGCAGCAGAGAGAGACGGCGUCCCUGAGAGCCGACAAACACCGGCUGGAGGAGAAAGUCCUGGAGCAGAGCCGACUGAACACGGAGAGGAGUCUUCUCGACCAGAGCCAGCGGCACACCGAGGACCGGAUCAGGUAGCAGAACAAACACCGACCUGCCAGA